UACUUUCACGACGUGAUCAUACUUCAAUCUCUUAAUGUUUUUGUACUGAAAAUAGUACAUUAUUGCCCUUUUUGUCAUAACAAUCGUUCCCAUUCAUAAAUAUCAUUAUCUGGGUAAUGGCUGAUGAUGGUAUAGAAGGUUUUGUUGCAGUGCAUGCAGGAGCAGGGUUUCACUCACCAAACAAAACACAGCUGUAUUCAGAAGUUUGUCAGCUUGCAUGCAAAAAGGCAGCAGAAGCUCUACAUGACAAGAAAUCUGCCCUUGAUGCUGUUGUAAUGGCAGUGACUCAACUAGAAAACAGUGCGUGUACCAACGCUGGGAUUGGUUCUAAUCUGACACUAGAUGGCACUGUGGAGUGUGAUGCAAGUGUUAUGGAUGGCGCUUCUCUAAAGUUUGGGGCUGUAGGGGCCGUGGAGAGUAUUAAGAAUCCUGUGAAGCUUGCGAGCUGUUUGUUGACAGAACAGAAGAAGGGAUAUUUAUCUCUUGGCAGGGUGCCACCGUGUUUUCUUGUUGGCAGAGGAGCUGUGGCAUGGGCUGUUGAACACAAUAUAGAAGUGGUAGAGAAGAAGGACCUCAUCACAGACUCCUCUCUGCGUUCAUACAGAGACUAUCAGCGGAGACUGGACAGAGCAGAAAUGGGACUGGUGGAGCCCAAGAAAAUGAAGAAAGAUGUCAAGAUGGUGGAGGAAGAUGACAGUACAUUGUUGGACACAGUGGGGGCUGUGUGCCUCGACUGCCAAGGAAAUAUGGCGGCUGCCGUGUCUAGUGGGGGAAUAGCAUUGAAAUGUCCUGGCAGGGUGGGACAGGCAGCAGUGUUUGGUUGUGGGUGCUGGGCUGAUAAUAUCAAAGAUGUCACACCUGGCGUGGCAGUCAGUACUUCAGGCUGUGGAGAGCACCUCAUCUACACCCAGCUGGCCAGGGAGUGUGCCCUUGAGGUCAGGGGAGCAGACGACAUUUCACAGGCUGUGACAGAUGUUUUCUCCAGGCAGUUUAUAGAAUCUGAUAUGUUAUCUGACCAGGUAGCUAAGUAUGGUGGUGCUAUAGUUUUAAAAUACUCAAGUAGUGCAGCAGAAAGAAGAGAAGUUGAACUAGUUUGGGCCCACACUACAGAAAGUAUGUGUAUAGGUUAUAUGAAGACGGGGGAACAUAAACCAAAGGUACAUAUCAGCCGUAUGCCGUCCACCUCUACCGUAGGACAAACAACCUCUGUAAUGGGAAAAUAUUUUCAUCUCAGGUAGCAGGACCACAAUGAAGAAAUUAAAAGGAAGUAAAAUCUGAGUCUAUGAAUAUUUGGUCAGGCCAGUUUGUGCAUGGUAAAUAAUACUUUGACUUCUAUAUGAAUGUUAGUAGCUAGGAAGAAAAGUGUAAUAUUCAGUGUUGUUGCAGCAGAGGCAAAAGCAACUUUGAGAGCAACACUGAUCCAAGAGGGCUGAAAGUAUUGGUAGCAUUGAACAAUAUAUUAAUGCCGACACAGCUACAAGACGGGAGAAGAAGAUGGCAAAGAACUCAUUAUCCAAACCAUUCUCAAGACUAAUUUUUGAAUAGUGAUUAAUUCCUUAAAGCUGAUGUUUUUCUUUUCUCUAUCAGCAACUUGUUUCUUUCUGCAUGAUCACUUAAAAAUCUAUAAUGCAUUAAUAUUAAAAUAGUAGUGUCUCGUGUUAAAGGAUAUAUGAGACCAAUAUUAUUUAGGUAUUCAUUGUAUUUUUUUCCCUUAAAAUCUAAC